GAUUUGCCUAGGAUCACAUAGCUAGGAAAUGUCUGAGGCUACAUUUGAAUCCAGGUCUUCCCAAAUCCAGGGGCUUUAUCUACUAUGAUAUCCAGUUCCCCUAAAGUAGCUUAAUUUCUAAGAAAAUACUAGAUUGGCUUGAUUUAGCUGAUGGGUCUGGCUAACAGCCAAGAGUAACUCUUACUAAAAUCGAAAUGAAUAAAAAAUAUUCAAUUUCAACUACUCCUAAAGUUUAAUUAUUUUACCUUCAAGCCUUUGUCCAAGUAAGACUAAAUACUGGGGACAAACUGGAAAUUCUUGGCUAAACUACUAGGUUUCAUGCUUCCUGGAAGGAGUGUUAAGGUAUUGGAGUCAAGGAAAAACCUGGUUCAAAUCCAACCUCAGGUACUGUGCUAUGCGAUGCUGGACAAAUCAGUUAACUUCUCAGACUCAGUUCCUUCCUCUGUAAAAUGAGGGAAUUGGCUUCCAUGCCUUCUUGGGUCCUUUCCAGAUCCUUGCUCCUUCCUAUGAGUGCCUAUCUUGUGCAGAAUCCCUGUUCCAACCUGGAUUCCUUCAGUAAUACCCAGGAGACUGCCUACCUCUAUCAUAAUUUCCUGGUUUACAUGAAUUUCUGCAAUUCACAGGCAAACUACAAGUUUCUCUCUUCUUUCCUUUAGCAUGUGUUUCCCACAGAGUUAGGAAAGCUGUGAGAAUAUGCAAACACUGCCCAAUGUCCAUUUGCUUAAUGACCAUCAAAUGAUGCCUCUACAUUGAGUCACGGGAUUAUCACAGAUUUAGGAAGAAGGGAACUUGAGAUCUACAUUACUUCAACUCCAGGAUUUUAUAUAGCAAAAAACAGAAGGAAAAAAUGAAAAGGAAACGGGAUCCAGGUUCCUGAAUGCACAGACAGCUCCAAAGAAAGGAACUCUCUAGAGGUUCGAUUGUGUUGCAAAGGUGGAGUCUGCUGGUUUGCAGCUUCUGGUUGGCCAGGUAUUUUCCUUGGAUACCCUUCUGAGAAGGGCUUUUAACCUCCCAGUUCUAUAGUCACGCCAGCUGAGUAGAAUUAGGUAGGUAAUUCAUCUUUCAUAGUAAGGGUUUGGAGGUGGGACCGAGCAAUAAAAACAUCCGGGUCUACAUACAUAGGGAGACUGAAGUGCAAAAGACCAUAUUCCCGUAGCUAAGGGCCACUCCCUCUUUCUGUCUGUGCGUGAGAAAAAGAGAGAAAGACUAGUCAGAGAGACCGACUUGACCGAGGGGGAAGUAGGUCAUGUUAGCAGUGCAGUGACCUCUGAGGACUUGAAAGCGUCUUCAUCCAGGGACAAGGGAAGAAAAAGGAAUUUUCUUGAACUGUCUGGACCUUCACUACACCAGAUAUAGCCACAUUUCCUCUGAGUAUUUCAAAAGGAGACAGACUUUGGAACCAGUUAACAGCCAUGUACAAUCAAGGUGGACAAGGGAAGCCUCAACAUCCAAUUGAAACGUAUCAAGGCCCUCCAGAACAUACAGGUGCUGGGCCUAUUGGAUUUCCUGUCUAUCAACAACCUGUCGCCUUUUCUAAUCAACCUCAUCCUGGUAUGCCUCCACCAACACAAUGGAUUCCAGCACCACCACCAAUGAAUUGUCCACCUGGACUGGAAUACUUAACUCAGAUAGACCAAUUACUGAUCCAUCAGCAAAUUGAACUUCUGGAAGUACUCACAGGUUUUGAAACCAACAACAAAUAUGAAAUUAAAAAUAGCCUUGGGCAGAGAGUUUACUUUGCAGCGGAGGAAAAUGAUUUCUGUACUCUAAACUGCUGUGGAUCCUUAAGACCUUUUGUUAUAAAGAUUCUGGACUAUUCAAACCGGGAAGUGAUACAGAUUGAGAGACCUUUGAGAUGUUCUUCCUGUUAUUACCCCUGCUGCCUGCAGAAGAUGGAAAUACAAUCACCUCCUGGUGUACCAAUAGGUUAUGUUGUCCAAAAAUGGCACCCUUUUCUGCCAAAGUUUGCAGUUCUAAAUGAGCACCAGGAGGAGGUGUUGAAAAUCGUCGGCCCAUGUGUUGCUUGCAGUUGUUGCUCAAACAUUGACUUUGAUGUAAAAUCUCUUAAUGAAGAUGCUAUAGUUGGGAAAAUUACAAAACAAUGGACAGGAUUUGUAAAAGAAGCAUUUACAGAUGCAGAUAACUUUUCAAUUCAGUUCCCAAUAGACCUUGAUGUGAAAAUGAAGGCUGUCAUGCUUGGUGCUUGCUUCCUCAUUGACUUUAUGUUUUUCGAAAAAAGUGGAGGUAAUCACUCAAGGGCAAGUGUAUGGCAAUAAUUGGACGGAUUUCUCCUUAGUUCACUUGAAGAACCUAUACUGGGACAUACGAAUUGGAAAUAUGAUGGGAUUUUUUUUAAUCAACUUUAAAAUUGUAUACUUUUAAUUAUGGGCUCUGUAUAAUGUUAAUACCCUCAGGUUUAUGGGUUUUUUUCCCCAAACUAUGGAAUAGACUUUUCCUUAGUUUCCCCAUCUGUAAAAUAAGAAAGAUGGAUUAAAUGACCUCUAAGGUCUUUUCUGGCUGUAUACAUAUGAUCAAUCCAUUGAUCUUACAUUUGAUUUACAAAAGUCUGUUAUAUCAAAUCUGUUUUGAAUGUAAAAUGUUUUCUUUGGGGACAACAUAUAUGUUUGAUGUUUAGGCAAAAAGUGAAUACUAUAUAAAAUUGUUAUGAUCUAUAUUGCCUUUUUAUGGAAAUUUUAAAAGUCAUGGUUAAACUUGUAGGUAGCUAAAAUUUAUAAAUGCUCAUUAUGUAAUAUGCAAAAACACAUAAUUCAUUUUCAUGCUUUUAACAUAGUUUGAAAAUAUGCCCAAGUAAAAUAAGACAUGAUAGCAUUUACUAACAAAUACAGAAAAAAUAACAGUUGUUAAUCAUCUGAUAUCCAAGAUAACUGUUCUAAGGAAACUUAGCUAUUUUGACUAUAAUUUUUCUUUCCAAAAGAAAAACUUUAGAAACUAUUUUUAUGACUUUUAUUACAGAGUUUUGACUAUUUUUAUUUGUUUAUAUAACAAAUCAUAGAGAUAUUCUUGAGGUUAGGGAUAGUCUUUUGCCUCUUUUUGGAUCUUUAGCAUUUAACACAGUGCCUGGCACAUGGUAAAUGCUUAAUUAAUGUUUAUUGACUAUAUGACUGAUAUUAACAACCUAGGAGGGAAAAGAAGAGGGGAGGGAUCUGAUCUGCUAAUUUUUCUCAACCAAGGGAACAUUUUUAAGAUGUUAAUACCCUUUUUUCUAAUGAAAGUAUCAUGUUAAUUUGUUAUACACAAAUAUUUAUUUAUAUGGUCAAUUACUUUAUAACUCUUUGGUCAAUUAAGUUAAUUUCCUAUUGUAAAAAUUAAUCUAUACAGAUUUUCUUAUGUUAAAUAAACCCAACAUAUCCCAUCU